GGACAAACUGAAGUCUCUGGCUAAUUACCUAAUUGGAGCCUUAGAAGAAUUCGGAUUCUGUUACUUGCAAAAUCCCGGUGUGCCUGUUGAAGAUGACGUCAACUGACCUCCCUGUUGUGGACUUUUCCAUGCUGAAUAUUGCAAAUGUCAGGGCAAGCGAAGCACCGCCGUUAAGGGAGAGUGACAAGCUAAAACCAUUGGCUGAUAACCUAGUCGAGGCUUUAGAAGAAUUCGGCUGUUGUUAUUUGAAGAAUCAUGGGAUAUCUCUUGAGAAGGCUAAACACUUGUUUGACGUAACAAGAGAAGUUUUCUCUUUGCCCGAAGAAAUCAAAAAUAAGUACGCCCAACGAGACAAUGCUAUUCUUCACGGCUACGUCACAAGGGAAAUCGAAAGGUCCAAGCAAGUGAACUCUGUGGAAAGGUACGAGACGUUCAUGGUGUGUCCUCGACAGGCAGACGAUCUCUGGGCGGACGAGGUGGCUGAAUUCAAACCCGCAGCUUUGGGCGUGUACUACGAGCUUCAGGAAUUGUCCAAACGGGUCUUCGACGUGUUGGGGGUCGGACUCGGUUUGAAGGACCGUGGCUACAUCCGGCGUUAUCACAUGGACGACUUCGGGGAAAUAAGAGAUGCUCUAUAUCACCGGUACCCGGAUGACUUUGUGCCUCAGCCCGGACAGGUUCGUUUCCACCCCCAUUAUGAUAUUGGAACUGUGAACCUCAUCUAUCAGGACAGUGCAGGCGGACUGGAGAUUAAGAAAGAAUCGGGAGAGUGGAUGGCUGUACCGUACAUCCCGGGCACAGUGAUCAUGUUAGUCGGGAAACUCAUGCAGAGAUGGACCAGCGACAGGCUAAAAGCUCCAUUCCAUCGGGUUUCUAUUCCCGUUGAUCUCGCGCCUAGGAGAACUGACAGACAGUCGCUGACGUAUUUCCCGGCAAUGGCGGAUGAUUUUGAGGUCAGGUGCCUGGACGGCUCGGACAAAUACAAACCUGUCACAUUUCAAAACUACACGUACAAAAUUAUUUAUGGAGCAAAGCUUACCGGGGCACUGGACUAUCAAAUAGAUGAGAAAACUGAAGAAACGUGUCCAUGA